GCCACCGGUCAUUCAGAAUAUCAUGCUCGAAUCUCAAAUUAAAAUUCUGGUUAAUUUUUCUAUGAUUUUAAAUGGACUUUAAACAAUUUUGUAUCGGCAAUAGGUUUAUAUUUAUGACGAGCUCCUAGUGCAAGAGUCACCAUGACUGUAGAUAAAGAAAAUUUUAAAAAAGCGUUUGAAACGCUUAAACCAGCCUGUGAUGCUUUCAUAACAGAACCUAAUGCUAAAAAUUCAAAGCGACUGGCAGAAUUGUUGUCCACGAUUCCAACAGACUCUCUGGAACCUCUUCAACGAUAUGUGCUUAUUCCGAUAGAAGUACACAUGAAAACCGACAAAUCGGACAACACAUUAAAUGUACUGAACGUCUUAACAACGUUAUUGCAAAAAACAUCCAUUGACGUAUGGCCAACUUUCAAUGUAAUUUACACAUUGUUAGUUAGUAAACUAUCCAACAAAAACAAUCCAGAACAAGUUGUUGAUGUUUCCGAAGAUAUAAAACUUGCAGUAACAGUUUGUAUGAACUUGCUAGUUGGCAAAAGUAAUGUUUCUGUUUUAAGUCGUCUCUACCGUGAAGCUGAUUGUAAAAAUGUUGGAUAUUUCAUAUUCGUGUGUACAAAAAUGAUAAAAUACGAAAAAAUGAAUGCUUUGAGGGUUGAAGCCAUAAAGUGUAUUCAAAUUUUAACUUCUGUUUGGACAAAAAUCAAUGAAAACGGCAUUCGUCAAAAAAUUAUUGGAGAUUUAACGAAAUUCGUCCCUGGCGUUUUGUCUGUGUGUAGUAUUAUAGCUAAUGCUCCGGACACUCAACAUCAUUCUUCGACAGUCGCCGCUCUGAAUUUAUGGAGUUCGAUAACCUCUUUACUGAUAUGUGACGAUCAUGUUGUAAUAGAAGAUGGAAAUCCGUACAAUAAACACUUAAAGACUCAAGUUUCGAAGAGUUUGAGUGAUGAAGAAAAACAGUUAAAUGGCUGGAUCAAAGAAAAUAAUAAACAAUUUAAAGUGGUUCUUUCGUAUAUGAUUAAAACUAGGGAACAUCAACAUUGGAGAGUUAGGCUUCAGUUGGUCACUUCCUGUAAUUUAUUGUUAAAUAAGUGUUCGAGAUCUAUGAACUCAUCGGUUACCGAUUUAAUUGAAACUUUACUGGUUUUGUCGGACGACGAACAACCUCAAGUGGAAAAAUUAGCCAACGAGUCAAUAGUGAAUUUAAUUAAAAUAUUUGACCAACGCAACGAGAAGACAUUAAUCGAACUAUUGGAAGAAAGUUUUUAUGUGCUCUUGAGUAGAAUCCCACGAUCUAUUCGCAUGUCCAAUUUGGCCAAGCAAAAAACUGACUUGUCCUUGUUGUCGGGAUACAUAAAACUUUUUGGUCCGUCUCAUUUACCUCGUGUUCUCAAUUCGUACGCACACUUGGACCGAAUGAUAACUGUUCUUACGCAAGUAUUAGAACUUGAAUACAAAACUAUUUCUUUGCUAAAAGACACCACAAUUAGAGAUUUGAAUAAUUUGCAAACAUCAUCCGGAGAAUUGUCUUUGAAUGUGCCGUGGAAGCAAUGGGUUCAUUUCAUUGACACUUCUGCAAUAGUCAAAAUAGAAAAUAUUUGUAAACUUAUCGGCUCAUAUGGAGAUCGGAACUUUAUUGUACGAUAUUUAAUGGACCUAUUUGAAACCAAGACACAGUGUCGAAAAGAAAUCACGCUUUUACUAAACUUGACAUUAUCAGAAAAUAAUGAUGACGUGUGUCAUUAUGAUUUGGUGAGCGAUGUGAUACAGUUAUAUUUGGACAACAAAGUGUGGUAUUUGGCUACGAGCGCAGAUGACGAAUCGACUCAAAACAUUGCAGAAACUCAGAAAAACGUUUUACAAAUUUGUCUUAUGACUGAAGGUCUCGGCCACCUGGUGUCGUCUCUUGAUUUGGCCAAACAACGUGUGUGUUUGGUUCAUUGUCUGUAUCCAAUAUUGGAACGUGUUGGCUCGGAACUAAACUCGAUAUCUUUAGCUGGUCAAACGGCGAUUUCUUUGAUUUCCAAGUCUGGCGGUUAUAAAGAUCCCGUAGAUCUCGUCAUCAAAAACUCAGAUUAUCUAUCACAUCAUUUCACCACCAAGCUGUGGUUGUUGAGAGACCACCCGGAAGUUUUAAACGCGCUUGGCGUAGUUAUGAACAUAAAUAACAACGAUAAUUUAUUACAUUCAUUUCAUGCCAUAGUUACUGAUGUUUUAGUUCAGAGUUGCGACGCUCACCGUACAGAUAAUUUACAUUCGUUCUUGAAAGUGUUUUAUAUAUUCAUAGUGUGUGUUCGUAAUUGGCUGGAAAAUUCCAAACCCAAAAUUGAGUUUAAUUAUAAAAAGUCAAAGUCAUCUGAAGGCAGUAUUGUCGAAAAUCUUUUGGAAUAUCAUAGAAUGUCAACUAUAGAUUUAACUAGGAACGAUGAAUGUUGGCAAAAUGAACCAUCGUCUGGUCAAGGUAUUGGAAGCGACAAUGAAGAAACCGAAAAGCCUUUACCGCCUUACAUAGAAAUGGUAGUUUCAAUUAUGAAACGCGUAUUACAUUUUCUGCCGUUACAACACCAUUUUCUUCCAUUACAAAUUCUUAAUGAAGGGUUAAAAGUAAUAUCUAGUUAUGAAAACCAGCUGUUGCCGAUGGUUCAUAAAAUAUGGUCACCGCUUUGUACUAAGUUCAGUGUGAAAUCUGAUGAUUUAAUCUUCCGAGAAGCGUUUAACCUGUUAAACACUAUGGCAAUAUUUGCCAAAGAUUUUAUUAAGUCUAGAUCGUUGAAACUAGUCAUACCGUGCAUAAUGGAUCGCUUGAAAUCAAGUUCACACGAAAGCAAAAAUAUUCCUAAAGGAAGUGUUUACUUCACUAGCCAUAAAUAUAAAUUGCAGCUAACGAUACUGAGCAAUUCGGCAGAUUUGGUAUUAAAUUUAAACUUGACGGAGAAAGACAUGUAUGACAUGUCAAAUGCUGUAGCUUGUUAUUUAGAUAAAAAUCAACCACAUUCUUUACAAGACAAAUCCAAAGAAUUCUAUUUGAAAUUGCAUGCCAAAAAUUCGGAUUUCACGUGGAUUUAUUUGCAGUCUUUGUACGUAGAUGAACAUGAAUACAAAUCUAAAAAUGAACGUCUGCCGACAAUCAAAGUUUUUAGUACAUCGAAAUUUCAGAAAACCGACACUUUGAAAAAUGUGACUGAAAUAAUUAAUUUGUUGGAGACAUAGCUUAAUUUUAAGAUCAUCGGUAAUCUCUAGAUUAUAAAAUACUUACUAAGUUUUAAAAAAUGCUGUGAUAUUGUAAAUAUAUAACUUAAUAAAUAUAUAAAUUUUACACUGAAAAA